AUGGCGGCACAGAUAUCCAAGAAGUGAAAGUUGGUGGCCGAUAGCAUCUUCAAAGCCGAACUGAAUGAGUUUUUGACUUGGGAGUUGACUGAAGAGGGCUACUCCAGGGUGGAGGUCUGCGUCACCCUAACCAGGAUCAAAAUCAUCAUCCUUGCUACCAGAACUCAGAACGUUCUGGGAGAGAAAGGACACCGGAUUUGCGAGCUGACAGCCAUGGUUCAGAAGCGAUUUGGCUUCCCGGAGGCCAUUGUGGAGCUCUAUGCCGAGAUGGUGGCCACCUGAGGACUGUGCACCAUCGCCCAAGCCGAAUCCCUGCGGUACAAGCUUCUGGAGGACCUUUCUGUGUGUAGGGUGUGUUACAGCGUCCUCCGUUUCAUCAUGGAAAGCAGAGCCAAGGGUUGUGAAAUGGUGGUUUCCGAUAAACUCCAGGGCCAUGCACCCAUGAAGUUUGUGGACAGGUUGAUGAUCCACAGUGGGGACCCCAUCAAUUACUACGUGGACACUGCCGUGCACCACGUCCUCCUCAGGCAGGAUGUGCUGGGUAUUAAGGUGAAGAUCAUGUUGCCCUGGGAUCCCAGUGGGAAGUUUGGGCCCAAGAAGCCCCUGCCGGAUCACGUCAGCAUCGUGGAGCCCAAAGAAGAGAUCUUGCCCACCACCCCCAUCUCGGAGCAGAAGGGCACCAAGCUGGAUCAGCGGUCAAUGCCCCAGUCUCUGCCCACAACAUAA